AUGAAACUAAGGCGCUCAAACUGGGACUCUGAGGAGCACAGGGACUCUGAGGAGCACAGGGACUCUGAGGAGCACGGGGACUCUGAGGAGCACGGGGACUCUGAGGAGCACAGGGACUCUGAGGAGCACGGGGACUCUGAGGAGCACGGGGACUCUGAGGAGCACGGGGACUCUGAGGAGCACAGGGACUCUGAGGAGCACGGGGACUCUGAGGAGCACGGGGACUCUGAGGAGCACGGGGACUCUGAGGAGCACGGGGACUCUGAGGAGCACGGGGACUCUGAGGAGCACGGGGACUCUGAGGAGUACGGGGACUCUGAGGAGCACGGGGACUCUGAGGAGCACGGGGACUCUGAGGAGCACGGGGACUCUGAGGAGCACGGGGACUCUGAGGAGCACGGGGACUCUGAGGAGCACGGGGACUCUGAGGAGCACGGGGACUCUGAGGAGCACGGGGACUCUGAGGAGCACGGGGACUCUGAGGAGCACGGGGACUCUGAGGAGCACGGGGACUCUGAGGAGCACGGGGACUCUGAGGAGCACGGGGACUCUGAGGAGCACGGGGACUCUGAGGAGCACGGGGACUCUGAGGAGCACGGGGACUCUGAGGAGCACGGGGACUCUGAGGAGCACGGGGACUCUGAGGAGCACGGGGACUCUGAGGAGCACGGGGACUCUGAGGAGCACGGGGACUCUGAGGAGCACGGGGACUCUGAGGAGCACAGGGACUCUGAGGAGCACAGGGACUCUGAGGAGCACAGGGACUCUGAGGAGCACGGGGACUCUGAGGAUCACGGGGACUCUGAGGAGCACGGGGACUCUGAGGAGCACGGGGACUCUGAGGAGCACGGGGACUCUGAGGAGCACGGGGACUCUGAGGAGCACGGGGACUCUGAGGAGCACGGGGACUCUGAGGAGCACGGGGACUCUGAGGAGCACGGGGACUCUGAGGAGCACAGGGACUCUGAGGAGCACGGGGACUCUGAGGAGCACGGGGACUCUGAGGAGCACGGGGACUCUGAGGAGCACGGGGACUCUGAGGAGCACAGGGACUCUGAGGAGCACAGGGACUCUGAGGAGCACAGGGACUCUGAGGAGCACAGGGACUCUGAGGAGCACGGGGACUCUGAGGAUUACAGGGACUCUGAGGAGCACGGGGACUCUGAGGAGCACGGGGACUCUGAGGAGCACGGGGACUCUGAGGAGCACGGGGACUCUGAGGAGCACGGGGACUCUGAGGAGCACGGGGACUCUGAGGAGCACGGGGACUCUGAGGAGCACGGGGACUCUGAGGAGCACAGGGACUCUGAGGAGCACAGGGACUCUGAGGAGCACAGGGACUCUGAGGAGCACAGGGACUCUGAGGAGCACGGGGACUCUGAGGAGCACGGGGACUCUGAGGAUCACAGGGACUCUGAGGAGCACGGGGACUCUGAGGAGCACGGGGACUCUGAGGAGCACGGGGACUCUGAGGAGCACGGGGACUCUGAGGAGCACGGGGACUCUGAGGAGCACGGGGACUCUGAGGAGCACGGGGACUCUGAGGAGCACGGGGACUCUGAGGAGCACGGGGACUCUGAGGAGCACAGGGACUCUGAGGAGCACAGGGACUCUGAGGAGCACGGGGACUCUGAGGAGCACGGGGACUCUGAGGAGCACGGGGACUCUGAGGAGCACGGGGACUCUGAGGAGCACGGGGACUCUGAGGAGCACGGGGACUCUGAGGAGCACGGGGACUCUGAGGAGCACAGGGACUCUGAGGAGCACAGGGACUCUGAGGAGCGCACAGGGACUCUGAGGAGCACAGGGACUCUGAGGAGCACAGGGACUCUGAGGAGCACAGGGACUCUGAGGAGCACAGGGACUCUGAGGAGCACAGGGACUCUGAGGAGCACGGGACUCUGA